CGCACUAGGAGGAGCGCUGCGCCGCUCCGCUCCCGCGCGGUACCGCUUCCGGGCCGUGACCUUGGCCGGGCGAGCGCGGUGCGGUGCGGUGCGGGGCCCGGGGCCUGCCCGCCGCUCGGGCAUCCCCUUCCGCCGUGCCUCGGGGCCGCGGCAGCGCGGCGUCGGGCCCCGCUUGCGGGAGCGGCGAGGCGCCGGCGGAGGCUGGCAGCCGGCCCGGGUCGGGCGCCCGCUGUGUGCGUCCGGGUCGGUAGGGAAGAUGUCGGCGCCCACGAUGGAGGAGAGGAAGGCGUGCUGGGGGGCGCGGGACGAGUUCUGGCAGUGCUUGGACAGGCACGGCGGCGAUGCCUCCCCGUGCGAGGAGCUGCGGCUGUCCUUCGAGUCCCGGUGCCCGCAGCAGUGGGUUAAAUACUUCAAUAAAAGAAGAGACUUUUUGAAAUAUAAAAAAAAGCUUGAAACAGAAGGGUAUCAUCCUCCAGAAGCUGCUGGAAAGUCUUAGAUACUCUGCUUUUGAAAUAAAUCUAGUGGAGAAUAACUAUGGAAGGAAGAAGUAUAAGGAAGUGACAGAAGCUGCUUGAGCCCAAGAACUGGUAACCUGUCUCCCUCCCAAAACUGCAGGCUGCCUUUCUUGCUGCAAGGUCUCUGUCAGCCGAAGAAAAGAUGGGCACAGACAGAUUUUUCAUGAGUAUAAGUCAAAGAAAUAGGGUGCAGGGCUGUUCACAGAUCUAAGGUUUUGAAUGUAUAAUUAGUCAAAUUGUUUCACAGGAAUAAAUGAUUAUUUAAGUGUAA